UCUACGUAAAAACAUUUAUAUGUGCGAUAAAGCAAACGAGAUAUAGUCCGUUAAUUCUUACUACACAAUGUAGUUGUCUAGCGUUGCAUAAUCACGGGGUAUUGACCGAACUUGCGCUCAAGCUCAACCUCCCAUAAAUAAUAGAUAAUAGGUUGGAACUUUAUGUUAAGUCAAAUUUAUAAUCUCUUACACUAGAGAUUUCAAUCUCCAAAGUGGGGAGGAACAAAAAAACGGUUAGAGAGGUUUAGGGUUUGAAUUGAUCAAUUUCACAAUUUUUCUAAAAACGUGACUGAUUCACAACCAAGCAUUUUCAUUUUUCACUGCUAAAAAUAGCGAACCAGUCCCGCUUCCAUCGCACGCCGUUUCUCUACGAACAAACUUUCCUUCAAUUCCAUCUAUAAAAAUGAAAGGAAAAAAAAGAAGAAGAUCAUUUCAUCGAACAUCGAAGCAACAAGAAACUCAUCCAUCCAUUCACUCACUCACUCACCCAAAUCAAAAUAAUAAGCUAAAAAAGAAGAAAGAAAUAAAAAUGGAGGGAAAGUGGAGUAGAGUGUGGCUGAUCGCCGCCGUGGUGGCGUUGCUGCUGGUGGUGGCAUCAUCGCAACACGACGACGUCGUUUCGAGGCUGGGCAGCGAUUUCGGAUCGGCUACUCUGGAUGACGUCAUCCCCGCCGACGUCCUCACUGGCGGGUUCUCCGGGUCCCCGAGCGGAGCUCCGGCCUCUGCACCAACGGGCGGGGAUGACGACGGCGACGCAGCACCCUCGCCGUCGCCUUCUUCCUGAAUUUUACAAUAUAUUAAACGGGAUUUGAAUCAUUUUUUUCAAGCAUCCACAUAAGGAUGCUUUAAAAUAAGUAAUUUGUUUUUUUUUUUCAUGGUCACUUACAAAAAUUUGUAAUUUUUUUUUAUAUUCGAAUAGUGAAUUUUUAUUGUUUUACUCAUUAUCAACGGGUUGUCUAUGACCCAAGCUAUUAGGGGGUGGCAGUCGCUCGGUUUCGAUUUAACCGAAAACCGAAAAUUCGGUUAUCGAUUAAACCGAGUCACUCCCUAUAGUUGCCGACCACCGACCGUGAGAGAAGUCACGGUUAUCCGGGCAACCGACCGAUCGGUUUCGGUUUUAAGCUCGGUUAGCCGGCCAACCGAAAAAAUCUACCUUUUCUCCAAAAAAAAAAACUAAAAAUUAAUUUAAAAAAAAAACUAAAAUUCUCCACCACUCAUCUCAAUCCUUAUCUCCUCCUCUCUCCUUCCUUCCUCCACCAGACCACUUCUCUUCUCGCUCCUUCCUUCCUCCACCAUUUCACACCCACCAAACCACUUCUUCUUCUCUCACCUUCUUUCUCCAUGAAUGAACAGAUUUGCAGGGGUCGCCGGGGGAGAUUGAGAAGGCGUCGGCGGGGCAGGGAGAAGGCGGAGGAGGGGUCUUGGAGACGGGAGACCUACCGCCGGCGGGGGAGGAGGGCUGGCUCGCGGCCGAUAGAGGGAGGAAGGCGGGGUCGUCGGGGAGGGGUUGUGGUUGGAUGGGGGCUUCGCUGUUGAUUCCUCUUCUUCCCCCAUCUGAUUCUAGAUCUCCGUCGCUCCCUGUCGCUGUUGUCGGCUGGCUCGCGGCCGACGGAGGGAGGAAGGCGGGGUCGUCGGGAAGGGGAGAUGGGACAUCGGGGAGGGCUGGUGGUUGUUGGGGGCUGGGUGCAGGUGACAGCUGGGGGAGACGAGAGGGAUAGAUGGGGCAGAAGGUUAGGGUUAGGUUGGGAUUUGGUCGUUUUUAGGAUUUGGGGUCGUUUUCGGAGGAAAGGGGAAGAGGGUCGGCUACCCGAGAAACUGACGGUUUUCGCCGUCGGUUAACCGACGCUUUUCCCCUUUCCUCCGACUACCGACCGUGCCAAGAUGGGGGCGGGUUUUGGUUAGCUGAAAACCGGUCGGUUCGGUCAUAACCGACCGGUUAACUGCUAACCAAAAAUCGUUUUGCCACCCCUACAAGCGAUAGUAGACCGACGCCUAUUAAAGGAGAAGUUUGGCGAGGAUUCUGUCAGGUAAAGUAGACUCGAUGUGUUCUACGCCAAACGCAUCACCCAACAACCCUCCUUGAUAUGGCAUUUUAGUGAAAAAAAUUGUGGUCCGAUCGAUAGUGAUACCGUUGCAAUAUCGUUGAUAAAUUACAACAAUGCAUUCAACUAGCUUUAUACGAUAUGAUAUCACCAAAAUCGAUCGAUUUUACUGGGAGUUGGUAAUUUAACUAUGUAAAACCGCUUGAUGUUAUAUUUGCACAAUAUUUUUGUAAAGUAUUGACAUGAGAAGGGACACACGGUAUUUACUUUCUAUGACCUGAUUGGUGAUAUGAUACAGUUCGGUAAUCUUUCAAAUAUAUCCUCUAAUAAUAAAAUAGACAGGAGGAAUGCAUGUGAAGGUGAGCCGCUGAUGUCGAUAUUACCAAAUUCGAGAGAAUAGUACGUGGCUUGAUUCUAAUAUGAAAAUAUUUUGAUAUUUUUAACAUUGUUUUGUCGUUAUAGAUUGUAGAUUGAAUAGAUACUAUAGAGUAUCACCCCAUCAAACGCGAUAGUCGAUAAAUAGUCGAAUCGCUGAUGAAAUGAGCUUUUAACAUUUUUUGGAAGUUGCGAAUGUUAAAUCGUUGCAUUGUAAUGAAUCAUCAUAAUAUAAAUGCAUGUAUUGAUACAAUAGAUGUAUUUUAACAAUACAAUGUUUGGUUGUUGAUAUUCUACUUUAUGCAUUGAUUUACAUAAAUUACUUUUAUGAGG